AUGAAGGUGCUGGUGGUGUUGGCGGGCAAGAUGAUCUCCUUCAAGGGCGCCGGCUCCGUUUUCACCACUCCUCUUGAGACUCACCUUGCCAUGGCAGGAGCUAGUGCCCAAAGUCUUUAUGCUUGCAGCUCAUCUCAGUUUGGACCAAGCGCUUUUCAAGUGUUCGGCCGCCAUAUGUUACUAAUCAAUUGGACAGAACAGAUUAAAAGGAAAACUCUCUGGCUUACGACAUCUCUGCAUUCAAGCCUUGGCAUCAUUGCUGCACAUCUCGGUUCCCUGGGGGCCUUACCAUCUGUUGAACCGCCAUGUAGAGUAGUUGUGGACACAGGCGAUCCGGCAUCAGACUGCUGGACUUUAUACUCUUUGGGUCUACAUACAAAUCACCAGGUGAUCAUCUUGGGCAAAGAGCUUAAUGCUUUUACGCUUCAAGCUUCUUCCCCACAUUUUUCUCUUUCAGCUGUCCCCUUUCCUCCGAGUCACCGGCUUACAGCAAAAGAAGUAUUCGAUAACGAUGGGAAACCUCGUGUGGAUAUCUUAAAGGCACAUCUCAUGAAGGAGGGCAGGCUGGAAGAGAGUGUUGCAUUGAGAAUAAUAACAGAAGGGGCUUCAAUUCUUCGACAGGAAAAAAAUUUGCUGGAUAUCGAUGCACCAGUCACAGUUUGUGGGGACAUCCAUGGACAAUUCUUUGAUUUGAUGAAGCUUUUUGAAGUGGGAGGAUCUCCUGCCAACACUCGCUACCUCUUCCUAGGGGACUAUGUUGACAGAGGGUACUUCAGUAUCGAAUGUGUGCUGUAUUUGUGGGCCUUGAAAAUUCUUUACCCCAAAACACUGUUUUUACUUCGUGGAAAUCAUGAAUGUAGACAUCUAACAGAGUAUUUCACAUUUAAACAAGAAUGUAAAAUAAAGUAUUCAGAACGCGUAUAUGAUGCCUGCAUGGAUGCCUUUGACUGCCUGCCCCUGGCUGCCCUGAUGAACCAACAGUUCCUGUGUGUACAUGGCGGUUUGUCUCCAGAGAUUAACACUUUAGAUGAUAUCAGAAAAUUAGACCGAUUCAAAGAACCACCUGCUUAUGGACCUAUGUGUGAUAUCCUGUGGUCAGACCCCCUGGAGGAUUUUGGAAAUGAGAAGACUCAGGAACAUUUCACUCACAACACAGUCAGGGGGUGUUCAUACUUCUACAGUUACCCAGCUGUAUGUGAAUUCUUACAGCACAAUAACUUGUUAUCUAUACUCCGAGCCCAUGAAGCCCAAGAUGCAGGGUAUCGCAUGUACAGGAAAAGCCAAACAACAGGCUUCCCUUCUCUAAUUACAAUUUUUUCAGCACCAAAUUAUUUAGAUGUAUACAAUAACAAAGCUGCAGUAUUGAAGUAUGAGAACAAUGUCAUGAACAUCAGGCAAUUCAACUGUUCUCCACACCCAUACUGGCUUCCAAAUUUCAUGGAUGUUUUCACUUGGUCCCUGCCAUUUGUUGGAGAAAAAGUGACUGAAAUGCUGGUAAAUGUCCUCAACAUCUGCUCAGAUGAUGAACUAGGGUCAGAAGAAGAUGGAUUUGAUGGCGCAACAGCCGCAGCCCGGAAGGAGGUGAUAAGGAACAAGAUCCGAGCAAUAGGCAAAAUGGCCCGAGUGUUCUCAGUUCUCAGAGAAGAGAGUGAGAGCGUGCUAACACUGAAAGGCUUGACUCCCACCGGCAUGCUCCCCAGCGGAGUGCUUUCUGGAGGGAAGCAGACACUGCAAAGCGCUACUGUUGAGGCUAUUGAGGCUGAUGAAGCCAUCAAAGGAUUUUCACCACAACAUAAGAUCACUAGCUUCGAGGAGGCCAAGGGCUUAGACCGAAUUAAUGAGAGGAUGCCACCCCGCAGAGACGCCAUGCCCUCUGACGCCAACCUUAACUCCAUCAACAAGGCUCUCGCCUCAGAGACUAACGGCACGGACAGCAAUGGCAGUAAUAGCAGCAAUAUCCAGUGACCACUUCCUGUUCACUUUCUUUUUUUUUUUUUUUUUUGAGCUGCAGGGCAUGAUGGGAUUGCUGCCUAUCAGCAGUUGGGUGUUCUUGCCUCUGACGGUAGCUUAUUUGCUCUGGGGGCCAGGAAUUGGAUUCAGUUUACACUAUCAUUAAAAAAAGAGGGAGAGAGAUAAUAAACUAUAUUUUGGUAGAGGUGGUGAUUAAACACCUCUUUGGGGUAUGCCUUUUAAAAAUGCUUAUAGGAAAAAAAUUUAAAAAGAAAGCUAACGCUAGUAUAUACUGCAAUGUUAGGGGAAUGAACAUGUUUUCCUACUGCAUUGGGGACUUCUAGAUAGGUUAAUGAAAGGUCUUUUAUUAUGUUACUGGACACGAAAACUUUGUCUAAUUUCUUACUCUAUUGUACGUUUACAGUUGCAGCACUAAAAAUGGAUGACAUCAAACAUUUUUAACAAAAUGAUGUACAAACUAAAUAAGGACUAUUUAUUGAUAAUGUUUUGCUACUCUUGUCAGACAAUGGCUAUAAAAUGAAUUAGGCAGUCUUAAAAAAAAAACAGAAAAAGAAAAAAAAAAGAAUGUUGCAAAUUUGUUAAAAUGCCAAAAAGGACAGUUUAAUUUUGUACAGAUUAUGCUUACCUCAGGUUUCUUUAGUGUGCUUGAAUGCUCUUCUUUCCAUAUAACACUUAUCUUAUUAAUUUAGCAAUGAAUAUCAUUUCUUUUCUUUUAAGUUUUAAAAAAACUGGAAUAAUUACAUCUAUCUUUUUUUGCUGUUUAUAUUUAGGGUUUUUUUUUUUGUUGAUAAAUCAAGUCUUGGUUGUGGCUUGCCGAAUUAAAUAUUUAUGAGUGGUGCAUUUUUAAGUAUAGUGAACAAGACACCAUAUUAAGUACAGUGAUAAAGCAUCUAUAUUCUGUAAAAAAAAAAAAAUCUGCCUAUGCAUGUUUUUUAAGAAAAAAAAAAAAUGGCUGUAUCGGCCUGUAUGGGACUGUAAUGCGCUUAGUGGUCUGACAUAUACUGGAAAUGUAUGUAUACUGGCGUACUUUAUAUUCUCUAAAAUGCUUAAUGCCUUUGAAAUUUUGUAAUCAAAAAAGCUUUGGAAAAAUCUAAAGGGGAGAGUAUUCUUAAAAGUUUUUAACAUAAGCUUGUCAAUGCACAUAUAGAUGGUUAGCAUGUUUAGCAACCCUUGUGAAAUUUAAAUAAGUUUGUAGUUACAUGUGAAACUCUAAAUGCAUGGUAACUUAAUGUCAUCACGGUUUAGUUCUUUCGUUCUGUUCUGUCAUGUGCCACAAAAUAUGUACUUUUUUCACUUUUUUCCCUUUGUAUAUCAGUUACGGGUUACAACUGGUUCAUUCUGAAAACAACAAGAGUCCAUUCAUAUUUUUUAACAAUUGUAUAAGUGCCCAAGUAAUUCACUACAGCCUAAAGCCUUGCCUUUGUAAUUUGACUUCUGAAAUGUUGGCAAUCAAAGCAUGCACUUGUAACAAUGACAAAGACAAAGCAUUUUAUAUUACUACUCAAUAAAAUGUGCAUGAACUUAAA